AUGGCGCCAAGGAGGAACCGGCAGUGCUGGCGCUUGCUCUUGCUGCUCUCCGUCUCCGCGCUUCUCUCCGCUGUCACUCGGACCCGCGCCUUGACAGAACUGGCUUCCCAGGGCCACCUGGACCUCACGGAGCUCAUUGGCGUCCCAUUGCCCUCCUCCGUGUCCUUUGUCACAGGCUACGGUGGCUUCCCAGCCUACAGCUUCGGGCCUGGCGCCAACAUUGGUCGCCCGGCCAGGACCCUCAUCCCACCCACCUUCUUCAGGGACUUCGCCAUCGGCGUCAUGGUGAAGCCCAGCAGCACCCAAGGUGGUGUGCUGUUUGCUAUCACAGAUGCCUUCCAGAAAGUCAUCUACCUGGGCCUGCGGCUCUCGGGUGUGGAGGACGGCCGCCAGCGGAUCAUCCUCUACUACACAGAGCCCGGCUCUCACGUGUCCCGUGAAGCUGCUGUCUUCCUGGUGCCUGUGAUGACCCACAGGUGGAACCGCUUUGCCGUGAUCGUCCAGGGUGAGGAAGUGGCCCUGCUUAUGGACUGUGAGGAGCACAGCCACGUCGCCUUCCAGCGGUCCUCCCAGGCCUUGGGUAUAGAACCCAGUGCGGGCAUCUUCGUGGGCAAUGCAGGAGCCACAGGGCUGGAGAGAUUCACCGGCUCCAUACAGCAGCUCACCAUCCACGCUGACCCCAGGGCCCCUGAGGAGCUGUGUGAAGCUGAAGAGUCCUCGGCCUCGGGAGAGACGAGUGGGCUUCAGGAGACAGAUGGAGUGGCUGAGAUCCUAGAGGCCAUCACCUACACUCAAGCCCCGCCUAGAGAGGCAAAAGUAGAACCGAUAAACGCACCUCCAACUCCAACCUCUCCUUCUGAGGACGUGGAGCUUUCUGGUGAACCUGUGCCCGAGAAGACCCCAGAAGCUACCCACCUGAGCGGCGUUGUGCAUAGCAUCUCUGAGCAAGGGUCUGGGGAGAUCCUGGAUGUCACAUCAGAGGAGGUUCACACUGUAGAUGGUGAUCCCAUAACAGGCAGUGGCUCAGGGGAUGGGGACUUCCUUGGUGUCAUGGAAGAAAAGGGUCCACAUACUGAAGGUUUAGCAGCAACAGCAGCAGCCGGGGAGGCUGAGGGGCCUGUCAACACUACAUGGGAAGCAGAGGCCAGCAGUGUGCUCACCGAGGGGCCGACCCUUUCCAUGUCCACCGAGAAGCCUGAGGAGUGGGUCACUCCAGGUCCAGAUAAUGAAGAAAGUUUAACAGCAACAGUAGCAGGGGAGACUGAGUUGUCUGUCAGCAGUGCUGGGGAAGCAGAGGUUGGGAGUGUGCCCACCCAGGGGCUGGCUCUCUCCACAUCCACAGAGAACCUGGGGGAAGAGGCCACUCUGGGUCCAAAUGGUGAGGAAAGUUGGACAACAGCAGCAGCUACAAUAGAAGCGCCACUCAGCACUGCUGAGGAGGAGGAGACCAGCAGGGCCCCCACAGAUAGGCUGGCCUUCCUCACACCCACAGCGGCCCUUGGACAAGGGAACGCUUCAGGUCCUGACGAUGAAGACGAUUUAUCAGCAGCAAGAGAGGAACCCCUUACCAUGGCUUGGGGAGAAGAGUCUGGCAGUGCUCCCCCUGGUGGGCCGCCGCUCCCCAUACCCACAGCGGCUCCUGAAAGAGCAGUCAGUCCAGAUGAUGCUGGAGAAGAGCUUCCUGGCUCCUUUGAGCCUGCUGAGCCCAUCAGACCCACAGUGGGAGCUGAGGCCGAGGGCUUUGACCUGGCCUGGGGCUCUGGCUUGGACUUGGGCUCUGGCUCUGGUGACCUGGUGCACAGUGAGGAUCUGUUAAGAGGUCCCCCAGGCCCACCAGGCCCACCUGGCUUACCAGGGAUUCCAGGAAAACCAGGAGCUGAUGUUUUCAUGGGGACCCCCGGAUCUCCUGGCAAGGAUGGAGCUGCUGGUGAACCUGGGCCCCCGGGCCCGGAGGGAGAGCCUGGACUUAAUGGAGCCUCUGGCCUUCCUGGGAUGAAAGGGGAGAAGGGAGCAAGAGGGCCUAAUGGCUCAGUUGGUGAAAAGGGUGACCCCGGCGACAGAGGCUUACCAGGGCCCCCAGGCAAAAAUGGACAAGUUGGCAGCCCAGGGCUCAUGGGUCCCCCAGGGCCUCCUGGGCCACCUGGACCUCCAGGCCCUGGGUGUGCUAUCGGUCUUGGAUUUGAGGAUACCGAAGGCUCUGGAAGCAUCAGGCUGUUGAGUGAACCUAGCGUCUCCCCACCAACGGCUUCAUGUGGUCUUAAAGGAGAAAAAGGAGACCAGGGACCCAAGGGUGACAGGGGAUUGGAUGGAGCCAGCAUCGUGGGCCCCCCUGGGCCCCGGGGGCCGCCAGGGCACAUCAAGGUCUUGUCUAGUGCUUUGAUCAACAUCACCCAUGGAUUCAUGAAUUUCUCUGACAUUCCUGAGCUCAUUGGGCCUCCGGGCCCUAGAGGACCAAAAGGUGACACUGGCAUACCUGGCUUUCCAGGACUGAAAGGAGAGCAGGGUGAGAAGGGAGAGCCAGGCACCAUCUUGACUGGGGACAUUCCUGUGGAAAGGCUGAGGGGGAGAAAGGGUGAACCUGGAGUGCAUGGAACCCCGGGGCCAAUGGGGCCCAAAGGACCACCGGGACGUAAAGGAGAAUUUGGCUUCCCUGGUCGACCUGGUCGCCCAGGACUGAAUGGCCUCAAGGGUGCCAAGGGAGAUCGAGGGGUCAUGAUGCCGGGCCCACCUGGCUUACCUGGUCCUCCAGGCCCCCCAGGACCACCUGGAGCUGUGAUUAACAUCAAAGGAGCCAUUUUCCCAAUUCCUGCCCGGCCACAUUGCAAAAUGCCAGUUGGUACCACUCAUCCUGGGAAUUCAGAACUCAUCACCUUCCAUGGUGUUAAAGGAGAAAAAGGUUCCUGGGGUCUUCCCGGCUCAAAAGGAGAAAAAGGUGACCAGGGAGCCCAGGGACCACCAGGUCCUCCAGUUGAUCCAACUUAUCUGAGACAUUUUCUGAACAGUUUGAAGGGAGAGAAUGGAGACAGGGGCUUCAAAGGAGAAAAAGGAGACUCUAACGGCAACUUCUUUGUGCCUGGGCCUCCAGGCCUGCCAGGAAGUCCUGGACUGGUGGGCCAGAAAGGGGAGAUGAUCAUCGGGCCCCAAGGACCUCCGGGUGCUCCUGGCCUGCCUGGGCCACCUGGCUUUGGAAGACCUGGCACCCCUGGGCCACCGGGACCCCCAGGGCCACCAGGACCUCCAGCUAUCCUGGGAGCAGCUGUGCCCCUUCCAGGCCCACCUGGUCCUCCAGGACAACCAGGGCUUCCUGGAUCCAGAAACCUGGUUACAGCGUUCAGCAACAUGGAUGAUAUGCUGCAGAAAGCACAUUUGGUUAUAGAAGGGACAUUCAUCUACCUGAGGGACAGCACCGAGUUUUUCAUCCGUGUCAGAGAGGGCUGGAAAAAAUUACAGCUGGGAGAACUGAUCCCCAUUCCUGCUGACAGCCCUCCUCCCCCUGCACUUUCCAGCAAUCCACGUCAGCAUCAGCCUCAGCCUCCACUGACGCCUAUUUUAAGUGCCAAUUAUGAGAAGCCUGCACUGCACUUGGUUGCUCUGAACACACCGUUUUCUGGGUACAUUCGAGCUGAUUUGCAGUGCUUCCAGCAGGCCAGGGCUGCAGGACUGUUGUCCACCUACCGGGCAUUCUUAUCCUCCCAUUUGCAAGAUCUCUCCACAAUUGUGAGGAAAGCAGAGAGAUACAGCCUUCCAAUAGUGAACCUCAGGGGCCAAGUACUUUUUAAUAAUUGGGACUCAAUUUUUUCUGGCCACGGAGGUCAAUUCAAUACUCGUGUUCCGAUAUACUCCUUUGAUGGCCGAGACGUGAUGACAGAUCCUUCUUGGCCCCAGAAGAUCAUUUGGCAUGGCUCCAAUGUCCAUGGCGUCCGUCUUGUGGAUAACUACUGUGAAGCGUGGCGAACCGAGGACAUGGCAGUCACGGGAUUCGCCUCCCCACUGAGCACGGGGAAGAUUCUGGACCAGAAAGCAUAUAGCUGUGCUAGUAGGCUAAUUGUUCUGUGUAUUGAAAACAGCUUCAUGACAGAUGCUAGGAAGUAGUGAAUGACCUUCCAAUGAUUCCUAAACAUUUCCCAGUUUUCUGUGUGAAAAGUUGACACUGAAAUUUAAAAUGUUUAAAUGUUGUAAAUAUUACUGUUUUUUAUUACACAUUGAUCACAAGAGCAACCAAAGAAAACAUACCUCAAUACACUCAAAACUGAAGACAUAAAGGACUCAGAUCAAAGACAAAACCUGAUUCACAUAUUGGUGCUAGAAUCUGCAGGAAACCCCACGCGGCAGGAAGGGAACACAUCCCAACACAGGUUAAGAGCAAGCUGAAAAUAAAGGUCAUGGCCUUCUGCCCACUGCAUCCUUCAGAAAGUGGUUUCCUCCUUUUAGCCAUUGUCGUUGAGUGUAAGAUGUCCUUCAUGUUUUCUUUCCAAGCCAGUGUUCAGAAAUGUUACCCCUAUGUAAGUUAUGUGCAGACUGAAUGCUUUAUUCUUGAACAUACAUCCAUCGUUUGCAUCUGCUGUUCAGAGAAACAGAACUGCUGAAAUGAUCCUAUUUGUAUUUUCAGAUAUUACCAGACUUUAAUUUUUUUUUCCUCUAAAAUAUGAUUGCCAUCAUGCUUUAGGAGUUUUAUAUUUUUACACAACCAUAUUUUAGUAUGGCAACUGUUUAUGUAACUCUGACUUGCUGGAAAAGUUGAAACUCCAAAUUAUCUGAAACAAGAAAAGAAACAGCACAUAAUUACUACUUUUCCCUUGCCUCCUGCCCUUCCCCCCGGCCCUGCGAUUUUAUGACUUUCAUUUGGCUACUCUUGAAUUACAACUGCAACUUUUACUGACACCAAAAAGGUCCAUAGGGAUGAAUUUUCUGAGAAAUGUAUAUCUUCAUGCUGUAUCCUUUG